CGACAGAAUUUGAAACAUUAMGAACAAAUACUGCCCUGUCCUGAUUGUUUGUUCUAUCUGAACAACUGAACAAAUACACGACCAUGUCGAUUUCGGCAGCACGUGAAGCUCGCCGAGAAAAUUGGAAUACCUAUGACGAGUAUGCCACUAUAGAUAGCAUGCAACCCUCUGAUGAAUGGGAGGGUAGUSGUGCCGUGGAAGAUUACUAUCGGGUCAACAGCAGGAGCUCGAUUGACUUCGACAAAUACAGCGCACCCGAUGACGAAGUUUCCUAUCGAGAACCUCUCGAUGGUGAUUGCGACGAUGUGGAUCAGGAACAACCACAUGGGCAGGAGGACGAAACAGGGUCCUACUUUGCAGCACCCACAAGGGAGUUUGUGGAUUACAUAUCCCAUCUUACCUCUUCCUUCAGCGUGGAAGGAUCCAAAUUGAGGCAAUAUGGUGCCUCGUACUAUUCGAACGCAACAUUCUCCAAGAAAGAAGACACAGAGGGAAAGAAGGAAAUCAAAUCCAAAAGGUCUGGGAGCAACCACAGUCGUUGCAUUAUAGAGAAUACCGAGUCCAUCCAAGAUCGACGAGACGAAUACAAGCAGCGUAGGGGCAGCAACGCAAAAGGUGACGAUGACGAUUGCCACCGAGAUCAGCAGAGCACUAUGAGCUGCUCCGUUGAGGAGAUUAGCCAGAUUUCGGAACUCACUAUGGACAUUCCUACCAUUGCUACGGAACAGCCCCAGAAAACAUUUGCACACUGUGCGCCUACACUGCCAACUAUUUCGGAGGUCAAGCAAUUCCAGUCCCCCGAAAUCGCUGCAGCAACUUGUGUGGACGGUGUGAGAAACAGCAAGGCAUGCUCACCAGGAAGCGACACGACCACCAACGAGAGCGAAGGAAACAACGACGUUAUGGAUUUUGUUUUUGGACUCGUGGAAGAUGCAYUGUGUACUCCUAUGAAAACAAGCAAGUCGGAACGAAAGAAGGUGUUCAUGGAAGCAUUUUACGAAGAAUCCCAAAAGGUUGUGAAAAUGGCCAAGAAGAGCGCUUCCAAAAAGGCCCUUCACGAGACUAGCAAGCACAGCAGAAGCAGUUUGAGCACGAAUCACGCUGGCAAUCAAAAGCCAGAGCGACGUUCACCAGGUUAUUCCGAGGACGAGGGGUCGAUCAUGGACCCUGCGAACAGAACAAAUGCACCUGAAUCUUCCACACAUUCUGUGGGUAGGACAUCGGAGCACAGUAGAAUGAAAAUUGUGGACAAACCUCCUCUUGACACUACAGGUUUCCCAGCGCUUGGGGUUCCUCAAGAUGAAGAAUUGACGAUGGACUGGAGCAAAAUGAUGAGUCUUGCCGAAAAACAGUUGGCAGCGGGUGAAAAGCAUGUGGGAGCUGAGGAAAACUCCGUGGUCUCGAGGAUUAGUGCAAUCAGUAGGGAGUUGUCCGAGAAGGCUUCUUUCUAUACGAGUAUCAGAGGGGAUCAAAGUCAUUCGCCACAGACGAAUUUCAGGUCAAAGGCCGCAUUCGUAUCGAAAUCAACUAACAUUGAAUCGUCGCCAACAUCUUCAAUCACCAACAGUAGUAGCACUCACGGGACAAUGGAACAUAGCGUUGUUCAAGAACUAAGAGAGUUGUCUGCAUUGGAAUCAUCAAGCUUUGAGGAACAAUCGCGCUUUUUGUUGACUUCGUCCCUAUUUCGCAUCAUGCGGCAUCUCAUUCCUACUUUAAACAAACCCAAAUGGGAAGCCGACGACGAGGAAGAGGAAAGAGCAUUUGAUGAAGUAUCUGCGGAUGAGAAAAUAGCGAAGGCCAUGUCRUUGGCCAGAAAAAGAGCAGUUGGCCCGCAGGGAGAAACGUUUUAUGAUGGAGCUGCACUUCAGACCUUGCGAAUUGUUGCAUUUUUCAUGGCUUUCGUUCUGUGGCCUUACGGUGUACCAAGAAGACCUUUCCAACUGCGACCCUUGAAAACGAAAAAGAUGACUAUAGAGAGCAAGCCAGUUGUCUCCCUGUUGCAACUCGUCUGCGAAAACGAUGCAUAAUCUUUUAGCUAGUUCAAUACGUGUAAUCACAAAUUUGAAGAAAUWAUUCAAACUUCAUGGAAAAACUUUCAAUACAUCUAGGCAAUAGAUUGAGAUACACUGU